UCAGACGCCAACAACCUACACGCCACCAGCACGAGGCACCAGCUAACAAGUGAUCAAAACCAAACCAUCUCUCUUCCAGUCUAAAACACACAACAAAAUCGAAACAUUUCAUUUAUCAAAUCUUGAAUCUCUUUGGAAAAAAAAAAAUGCAUUCGAAUAACUUACUUCUCGAAGAGCCAAUCAGAAUGGCUUCAAUUCUUGAGCCUUCAAAGCCAACUUUCUUUCCUGCAUUGACAAAAUUAAUUGGAACUCUUGGUCAAAGAUCUCGAUCCGUUGAGAUAAUAUCUGGUUGCCUUAAUGCAGGAAUGUCAGUGGCAAGGUUUGAUUUCUCAUGGGGUGAUGCUGCAUAUCAUCAAGAGACACUGGAAAAUCUGAAGAUAGCUAUCAAGAGUACAAAGAAACUCUGUGCGGUUAUGCUAGACACGGUUGGUCCAGAAUUGCAAGUAGUUAACAAAUCUGAGCACCCAAUUUCUCUUCAAGCAGAUACUACAGUUGUCCUAACACCAGAUCAAGACAAAGAGGCUUCUUCAAAUAUGCUGCCAAUAACUUUUUCUGGCCUGUCAAAGGCAGUAAAGAAGGGAGACACUAUUUUUAUUGGACAAUAUCUGUUUACAGGAAGUGAAACUACUUCCGUGUGGUUAGAGGUUACCGAUGUGGUUGGUGAAGAUGUGGUUUGUCUGAUAAAGAAUUCUGCUACUUUGGCUCGGCAAUUGUAUACUUUGCAUGUCUCUCAAAUUCACAUUGAUCUGCCAACGAUAACUGAUAAAGAUAAGCAGGUUAUAAGCUCAUGGGGUGUUCAAAACAACAUAGAUAUCCUUUCUUUGUCAUAUACUCGGCAUGCAGAAGAUAUUCGCCAAGCCCGCGAUUAUCUUUCAAAAUUGGGUGGCCUUAGUCAAACUCAAAUUUUUGCAAAGAUUGAAAAUACAGAGGGAAUAACUCAUUUUGAUGAGAUUUUACGAGAAGCAGAUGGAAUCAUUCUUGCCCGAGGAAAUUUAGGGAUAGAUCUUCCUCCAGAAAAGGUGUUUCUAUUUCAGAAGGCUGCUGUUUACCAGUGCAACAUGGCUGGAAAGCCUGCAGUAAUUACUCGUGUGGUUGAUAGCAUGACUGAUAACCUGAGGCCUACUCGUGCUGAAGCAACUGAUGUUGCCAAUGCAGUAUUGGAUGGGAGUGAUGCAAUUCUUCUUGGAGCAGAGACCCUGCGGGGAUUGUACCCUGUUGAGACCGUUUCUAUUGUCGGAAAAAUUUGUGCUGAGGCAGAGAAGGUAUUUAAUCAUGACAUGUAUUUCAAGAGAGCUGUCAAGUAUGUCGGAGAACCAAUGACUCAUUUGGAGUCCAUUGCUUCCUCUGCGGUACGCGCAGCCAUCAAGGUGAAGGCCUCUGCAAUUAUCUGCUUUACUUCAAGUGGAAGAGCUGCAAGGAUGAUUGCAAAAUAUAGACCAACAAUGCCUGUGAUAUCUGUUGUCAUCCCUCGGCUCAAGACAAAUCAACUGCGCUGGUCCUUCACUGGUGCUUUUGAGGCAAGGCAAUCGCUCGUUGUAAGAGGCCUUUUCCCCAUGCUUGCAGAUUCUCAACAUCUGGCUGGGUCGACAGGUGCAUCAAAUGAAUCAGUUCUGAAAGUUGCUCUUGAUCAUGGCAAGGCUUCUGGUGUAAUAAAGUCACACGACCGUGUUGUUGUUUGCCAAAAACUUGGCGACGCAGCUGUUAUUAAGAUCAUCGAGCUUGAAGAUUAGAAUUAUCAAUGCAUUUCAUAUUGAUUCGAUUUCAUUUCAACAUUCUCGAGCAUUUAAAAAGUUACUAGUUCCUCAGGUUCCAGACCAGAAUGAGCAAAGAUAAAACAUGAUACAGCUUAGACUGAGUCAACUUUCAUUGUUGUUGUAUCCCAUUCAGUACAGUCACCUGUAGAUUAUGUGCAAGAAGGAACCUGUAGUUGAAUUCGGUUACUUGUAACGAUCAAACAUUGUAAGUUUUUAUAUUUUGCAAUCACGUACCAUUUUCUUUGGUA